AACAGCGCCAUCUAUUACUAGUUGGUUUAAGCUUGUAGUGUAAAGUCAACUGAUGAGUUAGACACGACGCCGUCCUACGACAUAAAUCAGCCUUACAAGUAUUUAUGUUAUAUGCCGUAAGAUGGCAUGAAACAGUAUAUACAACAGCAAUAGAUAUUAUCAUUGUCUGAAUUAAAAAACAAAACCUAUAUUUAUUCAUAUUUAUAUUACAUAUUUUAUAUUAAAUUUACAUUCUAUGCUACAUAUUUAUUUUCUGAAUGGAAUACACAUCAUACUACAAAUGGAACUUCCAAAUUACCAUUUCGUUUCCGGACUGAAUAAACAAAUAAAUAUAAGACAAUUGAACUUAUUUGUCACACAAAGUAUUGAUAGCGGACACUAUAUAACAUUUUGUAUAGAUUAGAUAUUUUGUUCAUUUAUACGUAUUUUUACAAGGCGUUUAUUUUAAUAUAAUACUUGAGCGUUGAAAGAUGUCUUGCGGAAAGCGUCCUCUGGUGAAGAUGUGGGACAAACCUCGAGAGAUCCGGGUCAUCAAACCAUCUCGCUUUGAACAGAAUGAAGCCUCCGUCAAGCUACACUGGAAGAACGUCCUCCGACAGCUGGAGCUGUCGUAUAAAGACGAAGCCUUUUGGGAUUCUCAAAGUGAAAUGGUGAAGGAACUGGUCGGUCCCAAAAUGUUCCGACGCAUCGUCAAGAUAUUCAACUUGCGACUCGAUGAGAAGCCUUACGAGCCUCUUUCGGAGUCUAUGUCUCUGGAACCUUCUGAAAUGUUCUACGCAGCCAUGGAAGGCGGCGAGGGGCCGAUGGGUCCUUCGUAUUCGGCGAGCGACUUCGAUGGCGAUAUGUAUGACGAUAUGGAUGAAGAGGAAGACGAGACCGGUCUGCGAGACCAGUCGGAGCUGUGGACCGUCUCCUCGAUUUCCACGAACGAACCCAGGAAACUGUCCCGUUCAAAAUCUGUACUGAGAUCUAAAUCUUUUAGCGCCAAGUCGAUAAGUAAGUCUCUAAGUAGAGUUUCUCGCACAAGAAGUAAGUCCAUUUCGAGACAUUCCAGGCUUUUUAAGUCAACUUAUUCGAUGGCCGACGAGCCUGCAUCCUCGGCGGACGACUUGAAAGUCCACGUCAGUGAGGUAACAGUGAGACAAGGCUCACUACGCCGGAGAGGGAAAAAUCCCCACUUUGACAUGCUUUACUGCAAUAAAUCGGAAACGGAUAUGAUAAAGUGGAAGUCGAAAUAUAAACAAAAAACCUUCGAAGUUUCCGCCUCGGACGAGUUCAGUAAGAAGGCGGAGAUAAUGACUAAAAAAAUCGCUAAAGAUUUCUACGACUGGUGGGUCGACCUCGGCAACUUGGAAUUCAAGAGUGAAAUCAAACGACCUGAAGACAUCGAAGACCUGUUUCAAGUCUGGUUUGACGAGCACGCAUCCCGGGGCCUCAUCCUCGAUCCCAAGAUACUGCCUUGUGUACUUCCGAGUAUAGCUGCCAGCGUUGGAGUCAAGAAGGCAUCUUGUCCGAGUGUAUUGAAGCGACAGAUCACAUUCGACAUCGCGGCCGAGAGAAGCGCCGCCGCUGAGAAGAGGUUGAGGACCAAGGGAGUGGUGAGAGCCAAGGAGCAGCUGGGAGCGGCGGAGACCACGUGGCAGCCGAUCAAGAUACCAGAGGACCUGAAGAGUAUGGCUUGUGUAUGGGAUGAAGUACAGCAUCUCACUUCAACGAAGGCGUUCCACCAAUGGUUGCAAAAGCGACCGCACCUGGCGAUGCCGCCUUACCUGAAGUCUUUGGAGAGCCCCGGCGACAAGAAACAACUGUUUGUUGUACCCUCCGACUACAUCCUCAAAGAAAAAUCUUCGGCCGCCUCCGUCCAAGACUUGGCUCUGCCGGUUUCAGAAUUCUCGUUGGAAUUAAAAGAAGUUCUCAGCAAGCUUCUCAAUGAUUAACAUUUUAAUUGUUCAACGUGGGUAUUUUUACAAGAAACUACAAUAAAUUUUAUGUACAAAU